AUGUCGUUGUGUGUAGUAUUCUGCACCACGGAUAUUCCCGCUUAUAUCUUGAACUCAUUUCUACGGCGCACAGUAGAACAUUUGAAGAGAGAAUAUUCCUUCUGCGCUGACGAGAAGGCCGAAGAUUGCGUCCUGAUCCUUACAUCCGACAACAUCGCCUCCGCCCAGCCUUCCACACUGCCAAUGAAGACCUUCCAAUCUCCUUUCCUUGGAAAGACAGUCGAAGAGCUCCGCGAUUGGUUCACCCUCAACAUCACCAACAAGAGGGUGCCCACAAAGUCAAAGUCGUGCAUGCCGUACUGCUUCAUCGUCCUCGACCAGCGCAGUGUGAAGGAUGAAACGUGCGUGUUUGCGAGCACGCAGGGAGGGCGGUUGCAGCAUCUCCGAUCCGAUUUCUACGUUGCGUAUGAUAACGCUAUGCAGUGCACCGAGAAGCAGAGGAUUGACGAAGGCGUGAUUGGGCAGUUUUUAAGGAGCGGUGUGGUCAUGACCAGGGAAAGGUUGAAGUUGGCGUUGGAUGGCGGAUUGUACAUUGAAGGAGGGGAAGUUAAGGAAGAUCAAGACUUUUUGGAUGCUCUAAACGAACAACAGUGA